GAGCUUAAGGGGCCCUACGACGAGAACAGCGGCAAGGGCGACCAGGGCAGGCACCAGCACGUCAAGGAGGCGGAGGCGAGCACCGACGACUUGCCGAUGGUCAAGGCGCGGUGGGGGGCCGCGCAAACAACUCCUGGGCACGACGGCACCGCGAAGGAGAAGGUGAAGGGGCCCUGCGACGACGACAGCGGCAAGGGCGACCAGGGCAGGCUCCAGCACAACAACGAGGCGGAGGACCGCCUCAACGACCUGCCGAAGGUCCAGGCGCGGCGGGGGGGCGCACAAACAACCCCUGAGCUCGACAACGCCGAGAAGGAGAAGGAACCGGAGCCCGACGGCGAGGACAGCUGCAAGGGCGACCAGGGCAGGCACCAGCACAUCGACGAGGCGGAGGUGAGCACCAACGACCUGCCGACGGUCCAGCGGAAGCACUCCUACGCCAAGCAGAAUGCGCAGCACGAACACGACGCUGGGAGCGGCGGGCCGUGGGCAGCAGUGGCGGCUUUGCUGUUGCUCGCUUUCAGCCUCGCCGCUGUCACGCGCCCUGGCGAGCGAGGUUGGCAAGUGGCUGACCGUGCGGCGGGGCCGGCGCCAGACGUCUACCUGCGCGACGGCGCCGCGGCCACCCGCGCUAUCGCUGCUGACGCCGUUCUGGAAGUCAGAGCGCUGCAAGCGUUCCUGGCGGACUUGGACAACGGGGACUCGCGCGGCAGGGGCAGGGCGCUGUCCCAGCUGUCA